AUGCUGCUAGGCAGACUUGACCACGCCUCCAUUUGCGAGUACCUGCGAGCCGAGACCCGGCACCCGUGGGAUCCCACACCCCAAAAGCAGGACAUUUUCGACCCAGCAGACGAGAAGACCUUCGAGAGCCGCAUCCUCCUCGAAGUGGUAACCAACUACGUCGUCAACCAUGGCAGCAAUCUAACCCACCAUGAUAGCGUGCCGCACCAUCCACGCGGACACGCGAUGGAGCUGACCCGCCCCCUGGAGCCUUCCUACGAACGCUACAGAUACCUGACUGUCAUGGCGGGCCCCAGCUUCAAAAAUAUCCAGCGCGUGCAGCAGAUCCACGGGUCGUCCAACUACAUGGCUGCGUACAAGUUCAAUACCAGCGGAAGUAUUGAUUCUGCUCUGGUGCCUACCCUGGUGCCCGAUAAGGACAGGCCAGACGAGUUUACCCACGAGGAUUACCUGUCGGUGGACAUGACAUAUUUUUUGCGGGGGAUCUACAUCCCCAAGAAGCGCUAUCACUGUCCGCGCUCGAACUGGCUCGUCUGCGUCUAUACUCACGUCGACUUCCGGCGGAAGCACAGGCUAACGACAUACACGUAUACGCCCGAGCAAGACGGGAUCCCGGAUGGGGAAUACACGCGCGAGGAACCCGAUCUGCCGGACCGCGAGAAAGAACGGCAGAGACGUGAGCCGGAUCAGUGGCCCGUUGGGUUCCGAAUCGACACUCAGGAAAUGGUCCAGGGCGAGCCGUCGCUCGGCUGGGGCGUGAAGCCUGAAUGGACGGCUCGGUUCCAGAUUGAUGCGCUUCGUAAUCUGCCGAAUGAGGCUGAUGCGCGGGAGUGCAUCAAGCUUUUCGAUAGCGGUGGGGCCUCUUUUGAACUUGCGAGGUUGAACGAUUCCAGCUGA